UUCCAUGACAAAAUAAAUGCAACGCUUGAGAGCCUGAAGCGCAUAGUGGAACGCCUGAGUCAGCCCCCUUCCAUCUCAGCAGAGGUUGAGAAGAUUAAAGAGCAGAUCAGUGAAAACAAGAAUGUGUCAAUGGAUCUGGAGAAACUUCAGCCAGUGUAUGAGACGCUUAAAAAGCGAGGGGAGGAAAUGAUUGCUCGCUCAAAAGGAGCUGAUAAGGACAUAUCUGCUAAAGCUGUUCAAGAUAAACUGGACCAAAUGGCCUUAACUUGGGAAGACAUCCUGACAUUGACUGAGGAAAGAGAAGCCAAAUUGCUGGAUGCAAUGGAACUAGCUGAGAAGUUUUGGUGUGAUCACACGGCUCUUGUCGCUACUAUCAAAGACACUCACGACUUCAUUCGGGGACUGGAGGGACCCGGAGUCGACCCGUCUGUCGUCAAGCAACAGCAAGAAGCUGCAGAGGUCGGUAGGAAGUGUUUGCUCGACCUCAA